AUGGGUUUGGUGAUGGAUCUGAAUGCUGAGGAUGAGCUGGAGCAGGUCCGGGAGGCCCUGAGGAAAGCAGAGAAGGAACUGGAAUCACACAGCUCGUGGUGCGCUCCAGAGGCCCUUCAGAAGUGGCUGCAGCUGACACACGAGGUGGAGGUGCAGUACUAUCACAUCAAGAAGCAAAACGCCGAGAAGCAGCUGCUGGUGGCCAAGGAGGGGGCUGAGAAGAUAAAAAAGAAGAGAAACACACUCUUUGGCACCUUCCACGUGGCCCACAGCUCUUCCCUGGAUGACGUGGAUCACAAAAUCCUAACUGCGAAGCAAGCUCUGAGUGAGGUGACGGCAGCACUGCGGGAGCGCCUGCACCGCUGGCAGCAGAUUGAGAUCCUCUGCGGCUUCCAGAUUGUCAACAACCCGGGCAUCCACUCCCUGGUGGCUGCUCUCAACAUCGACCCCAGCUGGAUGGGCAGCUCGCGCCCCAACCCCGCCCACUUCAUCAUGACUGACGACGUGGACGACAUGGAUGAGGAGAUUGUGUCACCCCUGUCCAUGCAAUAUGCUGCCUGGCUGAUGGGGCGUAGGUUCAGUGACCGCUCUCUCUGCUCAGCAUCCGCCGGCUCGGAUGACCAGUCCCUCUGGAAAUACCCGGGUUUGAGGAGCCCCUUUGGGGCGUUUGUUUCUCCGACUUUUGGGUCUAAACCAACACUCCUACCCCAUGAGCCCCUUCUCCUGCCUGCCUCCCUCCCCUGCCUGCUCCCUCUAUUCCCUCAGCACUGCCCCUACUAACUGCAGGGAGAGGUUCGGGGGUGAGAAGAAUCAGCCUGCUCAGCUGAGGGCGAGAGAGAGAACACCCAUGGUGAUGGAAGGCUUGGGCUUCUCUUGUCAGCCCAGCUAGACGGAAGUCCUGGUGGCCCUUCUUCCAGCUGGGCUGGGACGGAAAGAGAGAAGGAAAGAUCCUUCUCCUCUUUUCUCUUGUUCAUGUCUCUCCCUUUUCCUUUCUUUCCCCCUUUGCCUCUCCUCAUUCCAUGCUGCUUCUCCCUCUUCUGCGUCCCUUUCAUGCCUUGAAAGCCACCAGUCAUAGAAGCCCUGCCUCCCCAGCUCUUCACCACUGUGGAAUUGUGUUCGCUCCCUGCGGCCCCUCCGUGGCUUCCGGCUCCCUUGUUACCUGGCCUUCUCUCCCAUCUUUAGGAAGAAGGCAGGGCGGCCCAUCUCUCAGGGUAGAGGAGAAAAAAACAAAGGUAGAAAUUCUGAGUAGAGCAAAGUCAAAGAGACUGUGGGAAAUCUUCUGCGAAUGAGGGACUUACCCUUUAGUGUCCUGGUUGAAAUUUUCUCUGGAUCAGAGGCUAUUUUAAGGCACAGUUGGUGUCCUGGCCCAGAGUGAGCCCGGGGGAUGCUCUAGCACAUUCCCCAGUUGCCUGGUGCACACAGAUCCCCUUCACCGGUGUGGUGGCCGGCAGCUGUGAGAGCCUGCUUUGUAGCCUUGUUCCAGCAGCUGGUUCUUUGUUGUCCACACGCUUAUUAGAAGAAAUUUGCAAAGUGAAAAGUGUAAAUAUGAGCAUA